AGUAUUGAUGAUAAUGAUGAUGAUGAUGAUGAUGAUGAUGAUGAUAAUAAUGAUAAUGAUAACCCGGAAACAAAACAGCGGCAGAAACGAGAGAAAGAGAAAAGAAAGAAAAGAAAGAGAAAAGACCGCAAGAGAAUAAUAAACAGAGAGAAA